ACGAUUGGCUUAAACCUACGUCAAUCAUUCCGUGGGUCAAAACAUACCCACUGACUCGAGAUGACGACCGAGAAGAGGACGAGACUUUCAACAGUCGACAACAGGGAAAUUAAGUUGUCAGGCUAGCUAGCUAGGUUGGUGACAGGCGGUCCACAGUAGCCCAAUUUAGUUUAAGCAGCAUCGCUAUGACGGUCGUCCGUAAGACACAUCAAUAGCCGUUUUUUGCUUCGGAGUUAGACACCAAAGCUACUGAUCUGAGAUAAGGUUACUCGCGUUUAACGCAACUUAACCGUGAAACCGGAAAGUCGGACAAGUUGCUAGCCUGCUAGCUUACUAUUAGCCAUCAAGCGUACACCAACUUCCAAACUUCACAUCACAUUCGCUAGAGAUUACCUACUCAGUCAUGCCUUUUCCGUUUGGGAAAUCUCAGAAGAGUCCAGCAGAAAUAGUGAGGAGUUUGAAGGAAAAUGUUGCAUACAUGGAAAAGCUGGACGCUGGUGAAAGUAAAAAGUGUGAAAAGGUUGCAGAGGAGGCGUCUAAAAAUCUAGCUUCUCUGAAGGAGGUUCUUAGCGGAACAGGUGACAAGGAACCUCAGACUGAAGCGGUGGCUCAGCUCGCACAGGAGCUGUACAACACUAACCUCCUCAUUUCACUCAUUGCAAAUUUGCAGCGGAUUGACUUUGAGGGAAAGAAAGAUGUGGUUCAUCUGUUCAGUAACAUUGUGAGACGACAGAUUGGCACCCGCACUCCGACGGUGGAAUACAUCUCCACGCACCAACAGAUCCUCUUCAUGCUUCUAAAAGGUUAUGAGAACGCAGAAGUGGCUCUGAACUGUGGAAUGAUGCUGAGGGAGUGUCUCCGCCACGAGCCACUGGCGAAGACGAUUCUCCUCUCUGAAGAGUUCUACAGUUUCUUCCGAUAUGUGGAACUGUCCACCUUCGACAUAGCCUCAGAUGCUUUUGCAUCAUUCAAGGAUCUGCUGACAAGACACAAGCUUAUGUGUGCUGAUUUCUUAGAGACCAAAUAUGAACGGGUUUUUACAGAAUAUGAGAAGCUCCUGCAUUCUGAAAAUUAUGUCACCAAACGACAGUCUUUGAAGCUCCUUGGAGAACUUUUGCUGGACAGACACAACUUCACUGUCAUGAAAAAGUACAUCAGUCGAGCAGAUAACUUGAAGAUGAUGAUGAACAUGCUAAGAGAUAACAGUCGAAACAUCCAGUUUGAAGCCUUCCACGUCUUCAAGGUAUUUGUUGCAAACCCUGAGAAGACUCAGCCAGUGCUGGACAUCUUGCUGAAGAACCAGGCCAAGCUAGUGGAGUUCCUCACCAAUUUCCAGACAGACCGAUCUGAGGACGAGCAGUUCUGUGAUGAGAAAAACUAUCUGAUCAAGCAAAUCCGGGACUUGAAGAAGCCCACAGCGCCGGAGGAAGCUUGAAGGCUCCCAAAGGUGGUAGAUGCAGCACCUGAAGAUAUCUUUAAGGUCUAGCAUUCGUUACAAAUUAUAGGAACAAAGUAAAUAUGACUUCCUUCUAUUUUUAGUAUGGAUGAGAUUUCCAUCCAGUAAACUAAGUGGGCCAAGAACUCUUAUAUAAACCGUAGUGCUUCACAAGUGUUAAACAGUCCAUUCUUGUAACGUUGGACCUUUUAACUGUUACUUUUCAACUUGAUGCUAGUAGAGACCUGGGAUGACAACAUCACCCUAUCUGCAUCAGCAUGAGAACUGGUAGUAAGUUGACAGAAUACUGAAGUCUAAAUAUUUUUGCCUUAUUGUUCCUCACAUUGGUCAUUUCCGGUGCCUGAUACAGUUUUUGGCCAUCGCCGAAGCCUACCUUACCCGUGCAUUUGCAGACACGAGAAGUGAAAAUCACAACGACAUAGGAAUUCAUUGAUCGUGCUGCGUUUUUAGCCAGCGCUCAGUGAGGCUCGCAUGUCUGAAAUAGAAACAGGGCAACAGAUAAUGCUGCAGGGUGUAGCAGCUGUCCCGGUUGCACAAAAUACCAAUUGAUCCUCAUGUUUACCAAGCACAAGUUGUCGUGUGCAAAAGAGUGCUAGGGUUACACUGAAAAGCAAAAAUUUGAAGUAUUCCAAAAGAAAAAAAGCCAUACAAUUAUGAGAAUAUUUCAAUAAAGAGACAUAUCUGCGGUAGUUAUUAGUGUUUGCAACAAGGAUGAUGACUAAAAACAUGUUUGGGCACAUCAGGACUAUAAUUAGUUUAAUGAAAUUGUUACUACAAGACAACUUACUAAAAUUAUGAUCAUCGAAUAUUUGUUUAUGCAAAAGAGAGAAUGCUGAUCUCAAUUUGUUCAAUUCAUGGAAUUCCACAUUUACUUAUCUUAAAUCUUAUAAUAAUAUGGCUUUAUUUCUUAACAUUACAUACUUUGUAUCUGAACUACCUUUACAUAAUUUUAUUUUAUUUUUGUCUUUCUUUUCAGUGUGAUGGUAACACUUUUUGUACCGUCUUUCAAACAAUAAUUACCAAAAGGACAAUUCUCAGGCACAGCCCCUUUUUCAAAGCACGUAACAAGUCUGCUUGAUAAAUGUGUUAUUCUGAUGCAGAUAAUAUUCUGACCAAAGUACUACCAGUAUGUCUAAUUUAAGUCAGUUAAUGUUUGAGUUCAAUUUUCAGAAUGGCUUUGACUUGAAAUAUCUUUCUGGAUUCAGACUAAUUGAGAAUAGAGUACAUUUAAUAUAACGUUUUGGAAUAUUAUAUUCGGAUAAAUGCCACAACCAAAUGUGCAUUGGUUCUGAUGUCACAUGCCUGGGUGAUAUUUAUAUAUUUUUGAAUAUGUGGUCGUAGUAUUAUUUAAUCCCCUGUGAUGCGUCACAAAAUCAGACGCAGUAUGUUCAGUUUCUUACGGUCACCAUUUCAUAUGUUCAAUUACUGCUUUAUUUCCACCUUUGGGAUUUAAAUGUUUAAUUUCAAGAGUAAUUUUGUUGCGCUCGCAGUCCUCCAGCGUAUACCUCAAGGAUUUAGAACCUUGUUGUACUUGCUAUUCCUUGACAUUUCAAUUUCAUUGGUUUUGUAUGCACACAUUAUAUAAUGUGAUGUGUAUGAUCAAACUUAAACAGGGUUUUCUUAGGGGGAAACAUUUUGAAAAUAUUUCAUUGGGUGGUGCCACAUAAAUGCUACUCUUAAUGAAUUGCAUUGUGGGACCUGAGAAUGAGUGAUGCCUUAUUGAAACAUUGAAUGCUUUAUUGCGGUCAGGGUCAUUUCAACCAAAGUCUUGUCUCGGAAAGGGUACCGGUAUUUGAGUUUAUGAAUUCAUUAAUAGUUCAACUCUAUCAUAUGUACUUCAUAAAUAUUAGCCUUGAUUUAGUCUUUGUCCAUUUUACAUAGCAAUACAAUAGUUUCAAUGUACAGUACAGGACAUUCCUUAGUUUUACAGAGUUUUCACUAGAGGGCGCUCUUACUAACAUUUGGCACCUUAUUUUAUAGUGCUAGUUAAAAACAUUUCAUGUCUGUAGAAUCCUACCUCCAUUUGUGAGCAUAUACAGUAAAUCACUGGUAAUAUAACAGACAUUGUAAGACAAUAUAAAGUGCUAGACCAUAUAUCAUUUUAUAGUUGACUGUAUGUUUCCUUACUUUGGCUCUUCCAUUGAAGUAUUUUACUAUGUGUUGCCUUCCCCCUUUAUUUAAUCACUUGUGUACUUUGGGUGGAGUCCUAUGUACAUAUUUGUAAAGGAAAAGUGUGGAAACAUUCAUGGAAAUAAACUUUUGUGGCAAUUUACCAAAAA